GUUUAUAUUUUUCGUUUAUCAUCUGGCUGACGCUGUUGACGUUUGUGUAUUAAAAUUAAGUUAUUGGUUAAUAUUAUAUAGGCUAAUAAGUUUUUUGUGAAUGUCAAUAAUAUAACGUUCUUAAAAUGAAUAAACGAAAACAGUCUACGCUCUUAGAGUUUUGUAUUAAAAAAAUGAACAAUAGUUCCAAUUCUACUGUGGUAACUGCGGAUGUCGAUGAUGCAGUUGUAAUAUCCGAGGUUAUACCAGCGUCAACAACAACUGAUAAUAAAACUGUGACAGAGUGUAGCAGUCAAGGCUGUAGUGAAAAUUCAAGUGAUAGUUUUCAGAAUGAAAAAAAUUUGUCACAGCUUGAAAAGAAAUUAUUGGAAACAAAAUUACAAAAAUUUUAUGAAAUUUUAGAUGCUAUUACCAGGGAUGAAAGUGGUUAAAGAUAAUAAAAAGAGUGAUGAAGUAAUUUUAAUCAUAAAAUCGACCAAAAAGUACAUUGGAACCUCGAUAAGUCGAAAACCUUAGUAAGUCGAACUAAAUUCCUUCCCUUGCUUAAUCUAGCCUAAGCUAAUAUAACUGUAAUAAGUCGAAAAAAUUUCAUUUUCUUUGGAUUUUGACUUAUCAAGGUUCCAUUUUAAUAUAUACAGGAUAUAACAAAGAGACCUGACAUUAUAAUCAGAUGUACAAUUGGCUAUUUUGUUUUUUUUUCAAAAAAUUUUAAAUUUUAUUUUCUGUAUUUAAAAAUUUUUAUUCCCAUUGCUCAAGUGACUUUAAAUUAACUACUUGUAUAAGUAUGCUUCGUUGCUUUGUAAAUCUUAAUAGAAUGUCAUCAAAUUUUUUUCUUUUAGUAUUAUUUUUAGGAUUUAAUCUUAAGAUAGCGUAGUAAUUAAU